AUGGCGCACUUGGUCGUUGAACAGCACGCGGUAGGCGUCGUUGUACUUGCCCUCGAGGUAGUGCUUGCGCACGCGGAGGGGCUCGGCCGACUCAAUGCGGCGGCGUUUGCGCGGGGUGCCUGGCGUACUGGGCGUGUCUGGUGUGCGCGACAGCAGGCGGGGCGCGGGCGACGGGCGGGUCUCGACGUCGCUGGACAGCGCCGACGUGGCCUCGUCUCCAGAACUCAUCGUGGGCGGGCGGGUGUGAGGGCGGGCGCGCGGACGGGGAGUCCUCCUCCGCCGCCACCACCGCCCGCCGCGCCCGCCCCGCCCAAGCUCCAGCUCCGUGAGUACCAGGAAGAGUGCAUCCAGGCAGUCCUCGCCUACCUGCAGGCAGGCCACAGGCGGCUCGGCGUGUCCCUGGCCACCGGCUCCGGCAAGACGGUCAUCUUCACCCACCUCAUCGACCGCAUCCCGUCCGUGGGCGACGCCACCCAGACGCUCAUCCUCGCCCACCGCCGCGAGCUCGUCGAGCAGGCCGCCCGCCACUGCGCCCUCACCUACCCCGACAAGCAUGUCGAAAUCGAGAUGGGCAACAACGCCGCCUCGGGCGCCGCCGACAUCACCAUUGCCUCGGUGCAGAGCAUCACGUCGGGCGACCGCCUACACAAGUUCGACCCGUCGCGCUACAAGCUCGUGCUGGUCGACGAGGCCCAUCACAUAGUCAGCCCGACCUACCUCGAGGUCCUGGAACACUUUGGUCUACGUCAUGCGUCCGAGUGGAGUAGCCGCCAUGUCGCUGCCUUGGUCGGCGUGUCGGCCACCUUCUCGCGCUUCGACGGCAGGAAGCUCGGCUCUGUCAUCGACCACAUUGUCUACCACCGUGACUACGUCGACAUGAUCGAAGAAAACUGGCUGUCCGACGUCGUCUUCACCACUGUCGAGAUGAAGGCUGAUCUGACCAAGGUCGGCUCUACCGUCAACGGUGACUUCCAGACUGCCGCCCUGUCCAAAGCGAUCAACACCAACGAAACCAACGAGCUCGUGCUGAAGUCUUGGUCGACCAAGGCUAAAGGCCGCAAGUCGACCCUCAUCUUCUGCGUCGAUCUGAGUCACGUCACCAACCUGACCACUAAGUUUCGGGAAUAUGGCAUCGACGCGCAAUUCGUCACUGGCGACACGCCCGCCAAGAUCCGCAGCGCCAGGAUAGACGCGUUUCGAAACGGCGAGUUUUCAGUCCUGUUGAACUGUGGAGUCUUCACCGAGGGUACCGACAUUCCAAAUAUCGACUGUGUGCUGCUGGCUCGCCCGACUAAAUCGCGCAACUUGCUCGUGCAGAUGAUCGGACGAGGUAUGCGCCUGCACAAGGGUAAAGACAACUGUCACAUCAUCGACAUGGUUGCAGCACUAAGCACUGGUGUCGUGUCAACACCCACUCUGUUUGGGCUCGAUCCUGGCGAGAUCGUCGAGAACGUGGACACGAAGAGCAUGGCCGAGAUGAAGGAGAGGAAGGAGACGGAGAAGCAGCGCCAGCAAGACGCCGCCGUGCUGAUGCACCGCACGCUUUCGAGCAAGCUGCCGGGCGCCGUCACCUUCACCGACUACGACUCGGUCCACGAUCUCAUCGCAGACACCUCCGGCGACCAGUACAUCCGCAACCUGAGCCAGUAUGCGUGGGUUGGUGCUGGUGACGGCAAAUUCAUUCUCACCACAAAUAGUGGCAACUACAUCGUCAUUGAGCCAUCCGAUACAGCCGAAGGUUGCUUCAGAGCCAAGUACUACCGCAGACUGCCUCGAGUUGAGACUAUCAAAAGUCCUUAUGCUGCCCCGCGGACCAUCGCAGAAGGGGAAUCCUUCGAGCAUGUUGUACACGCUGCAGACACUUUUGCAAAAGACGUCUUCGAGCACAUGUGGAUUGCAAAGAACAUGCCGUGGCGCCGUAGUCCCGCGUCCCAAGCCCAAAUCGACUUCUUGAACAAGACACGACCUAAAGAAGACCAGCUGAACUGUUCUGACCUGACCAAAGGCAAAGCAGGCGACAUGAUCACAAGGUUGAAGCACGGCGUGAAAGGGCGAUACGCCCGAGCUUCGUCCAAAAUGCGAAACGAGGUGCGAACAAAGCAGCGUGCCCAAACGCUGCAUGAAAAGCUCUCCGGCCGCAUUCAGGUAGGACCAUUGGCGCAAGUGUGA